AUGACUACCACUGUCGAGCCCUCUUUCUCCAUCACCCACAUCACCACUGCCUCAGCCAUACUGGACAUAAAUGGCGUUAUUUUCCUCACGGAUCCCGUCUUCUCCCCGGCUGGCACUGAUCAUGAAGACCACCCUGAUAACUUGGACGAACUCGGCCGGCGUCUCCUCGAUGGCCGCAAGGUUCUCAUGACACAAGACGGAGCCCAGAAACUUGCACCCCGCCCUGGUGUCCAGGCUCUCAAGCCAGGGGAAACCACGAUCCUUGCUAUUGGAGGGCAGGGAUUGAGUGAAGAAGUCACAGGCUUUGUGUUGAGGACAGCAAGCUUCGGGGAAACAAAUGGCUUGCCCAACGUUAUCUACAUCUCCGGCGACACAGUCUACCUCGAGGAGAUCCCAAAAUUGCUCAAGAAAUACCACGUCUCCGUUGCGAUCCUCAACGUUGGUGCAGUAGAGGUUGCAAUCACAGAUCAUCCUUUGCUGGUCACCAUGGACGGGAAACAGGCAGCGCUGCUGUUUCGCGAGAUCGGUGCGGAUGUGUUGGUGUCGAUGCAUUACGAAUCUUGGGCACACUUCGCGGAAAAUGGAGACCAGCUCAGGGCUGUUCUUGAAGAGGAGGGUAUUGCUGACAAGGUACGCUGGCUAAAGCCUGGAGUCGAGACGAAGAUACUUUAA